AUGGAGAAGAGUGCUUUCGAGAAAACUUUCCCUAUCCAUACCAAACAUCCCCUCCGCGAGAACCUAGACGAGACCUCAGACAAGAUCCCCAAGAAACCGCCGCCAGCGGUCGUAUUCCACCAGAGCACCCAUCAUCUCCCGUACUUCGCCCAUCAACAGCUCGAUCCAGAGUACUUCCCCCUAGAUAUUGGUGUACCUGUUGGCAGUUACCCAGAGGAGAACGAUGAUGGAGACAAGACCAACAACCGAGGUUGGGACGAUGAUGAUAGCGACGCAGGGGCCGAUCUUGAGUCCGAAGCAGACGAUGACCUGAAUGCGGAGGUAGGAACAGUCAUAUUCUAUCUUCUCCUUUGGCGCAGCGUCACUGAACAGACUGAGCAGGGUCUCACACCCAAGCCCAAGCGUCGCCACAAGUUCGAAUCCAGCAAGGUCGCCAAUGCAGGAGAUAUCAAGAAGAUGAAAAUCCAGGGAGGCCGCCCCGCUGUUGCUAAAAAGGUGACGGCGGACCUGGACUCGGACGACGAGAUGAUUGUGCGCAUGAAAGAGGCUCGGUUUCUAGAGAAGGACAUCGCGCAAGCUCUCAUCGACCAAGGUCGUACUGCCUACAAUCCAAAGACCAUCGGCACUCGUUGGAGACGCAUCAAGGCUGCCUUGCAGAAGCGGCAGGACAAUCUCCUCGACGCUGAUCUGACAGAUUGGCACGAAGGGGAUGACGACGUUCUCUUGCAGGCUGUUAUCAAGGCCGAGAAAGAAGUGAAGAGACUGAAAGACGACAUCGAGUCAAAGAAGUGGCGCAUGCCCGUUGUCAACUUCUCCCAGAAUGCUUGUCGAGACAGGUACGAGGCUCUCCAGCAAGGCUGCGCAAAGCCCACUCCUGAAUCGAUCGAGAACCCUACCCCUGAAAUUCUCGAACGCGUCAAAUCCCGGAAGGACAAGGAGCGGAGGAUCCGAGAAGGAAACCAAAUGGCUGAGCGGGAGCAGAAGAAUGUCGAGGCGAAUGGGUGGACUUCGAGGAUGCGGACCUAUUUCUAG